AUGGCUGUCUCUACUACAAGAAGCAGUGCCAGUGCCAGUGCAUUCUUCUUCUUCCUCGCAUGUUUCGCCACGAUGUUCUCAUCAUCUGUCGUCGACGCACGGCAUUUCCCUUUCCCUCGUGAGGAACAUGCCACCACCAGCCGCGGCACCAUUAAAUUCUCCUGGCCGUUUUUCUCAAGGAACACCGGCAGCGGCGGCGGCCAUGGCUCCGGCAGCGGCCACGGGUUCGGCUGGGCCGUGUCGCACAAUGACACGACCACGACCGUCGGGCUCGGCGGCGGUAUCGGCGGCGGCGCAGGAAGAACUAUUACUACUGGUGCUGCUUCUUCUGCUGGCGGUGGACUCGGCCUCGGUGUCGGCAUCGUGUUCAGCAAGAAGGGAGGGCUCGACGUGGCCAUCGGCGUCGGCGGUGGCGCCUCCGCCGCCGAGGCUGCCGCGUGUGCACCCGAUGGCGGCGGCGGCAGCGUGAGUGUUGGUGGUGGAGAAGGCGUAGGCAUCCAUGUGAGCCCACGGGGUGGUGUCACGUUCUCGCACAGCGGAGGAAGUGCUGGAGGAGGUAGCGGGGUUGGCGUUGGACAUGCAGGCGACGCUGUGGGGAGCGGCCAAGGUUCUGGGACGGCCGGCGGUGGCGUGGGGACUGGCGGUGGGGGUGGAUCCGGCUCCGGACCAGGAGCUUCUGGUGGCGGUGGCGGCGGCGGCGGUGGCGGCGGCCACCCCUGA